UUCCUACCCGUUGCGUUGACGGGUGGAAUCGCCUGCGGAAAGUCUACCGUGGCCAAAAUGCUCAUUCUCUUGCCCAGGGAAAUUUUGGAAGGGGGCACAUUCGGUAAUGUACGCCACCCAGUCGAUGAAGACGGUUUGCCGAAACGGUUCAUGGUAUCCCCGCAAGAUUCCGUGUAUCGAACUAUUCUGGACGCUUUUGGCGAACCGGCCGCGCAAUCUUCCAAUAUACUGGACGAGCACGGUUGUAUCGAUCGCCGCAAAUUGGGUGCCGUCGUUUUCCCCGACCCCAUUAAACGCGGCCGUCUGAAUCGCAUUAUGCACCCCCGCAUUAUUCUGAUACUACUUAAACGACUCAUGCAGGGAAUUUACUGGGAGUAUGCCGAUAUCGUCUGUGCCGACGUGCCCUUAUUGUUCGAAAGUGGACAGUUGCGACGACUGUUUGGCCUGACGAUUUUGGUUGCCUGCGAUCCGGAUGUGCAAUUCAAACGUCUUCGAAAACGUAAUCCCGAGCUCUCGGAAUCCGAAUGUCGAGAUCGGAUACAAUCUCAACUUCCGCUCGAUCAAAAGAUCCACAUGGCGGACCUCGUCAUUUGGAAUAAUGGCGAUGUGGAAGCUCUCGCCUUGCAAGUCGAGGCCGUA